AUAGAGCCGACUGCUGAGUACAUGUGCGAAUGGGAUGGCUGCGCAGCACUGUUCGUCACUGCUUCUUCAGUCCUCUCGCAUGUCGCAAAAGAACAUGUUGUCGAUGAUGGUGAGCAGGCAUGUCAGUGGCCGGGAUGUGACGGAACACUAAGAAGCAGAUGGUCCUUGGUAACUCACAUCCAAGACCAUCAUGCGAACGAAACAGCACUCAAGAUGGCUCUACAACGAAGAAGGUUUGAGAUAUUAGAACCUCACUUGACGUUUCCAUUUCUAUUUUUCCUUUCACAGGGAUGGGCUAGCUCCUGCGCAACCUAUCCGGUACAAGCAAGAACUUCCGCGAGAAGUACCCCAUCAUCCUGGAUACAGCAAGCAUGCAGCCAUCGAGGCCAUAAGAAGACACGCAUUCAACUUUUUGCCCAGAGAUAUCACGGUAUUAUUGUCUAUGAUGAGCCUGAAGGACCGGUUACAAAAAGUAUUCGGCUGACUAGUUGUCUGAUUUUGAGAAAUUUAGCUCGAUAUUCAGCUACUGGAAGACAGUAAGU